AUGACCCAGCACCGCGCAAACCAGGCCAGCGCCGCGCAUAUCAGGACAGUGCCGCGCAUAUCUGGACAGCGCCGCGCAUAUCUGGACAGCGCCGCGCAUAUCUGGACAGCGCCGCGCAUAUGUGGACAGCGCCGCGCAUAUCUGGACAGCGCCGCGCAUAUGUGGACAGCGCAGCGCAUAUCUGGACAGCGCCGCGCAUAUCUGGACAGCGCCGCGCAUAUCUGGACAGCGCCGCGCAUAUGUGGACAGCGCCGCGCAUAUCUGGACAGCGCCACGCAUAUGUGGACAGCGCAGCGCAUAUCUGGACAGCGCCGCGCAUAUCUGGACAUUCCCGCCUGGUCCGCACUCACACAUUCCCGCCUGUCCCGCACUCUCGCUCACCCCCCUGUUCCGCGCUCUCACAUUCCCCCCUCACUCUCCCAUUCCCACGGGCCCAGCACCCUAACAUUACCUCCUAUCCCGCACUCUCACAUCCCCUCCUCGCCCGCACUCUCACAUCCCCUCCUCUCCCGCACUCUCUCAUUCCCUCCUAUCCCGCACUCUCUCAUCCCCUCCUCUCCCGCACUCUCUCAAUCCCUCCUAUCCCGCACUCUCUCAUUCCCUCCUAUCCCGCACUCUCUCAUUCCCUCCUAUCCCGCACUCUCUCAUUCCCUCCUAUCCCGCACUCUCUCAUUCCCUCCUAUCCCGCACUCUCUCAUUCCCUCCUAUUCCGCCCUCCCUCAUUCAGGCCUGUCCCGCACUCUCGCAUACCCCUUCCUGGCCCACUCACAUACCCCCUCACCCGCACUCACACAUUCCCCCCUGUUCCGCACUCUCACAGUCCAGCCUGGACCGCACCGCACUCUCGCAUUCCCCCCUCUUCCGCACUCUCACAUACCCCCCUGUUCCGCACUCCCACCCUCCCCCCUGUUCCGCACUCUCACAUUCCCCCUGUUCCGCACUCUCCCAUUCCCCCCUGUUCCGCACUCUCACAUUUCCUCGUGGCCAGCACUCUCCCAUUCCCACGGGCCCAGCACCCUAACAUUACCUCCUAUCCCGCACUCUCACAUCCCCUCCUCUCCCGCACUCUCUCAUUCCCUCCUAUCCCGCACUCUCACAUCCCCUCCUCUCCCGCACUCUCUCAUUCCCUCCUAUCCCGCACUCUCUCAUCCCCUCCUCUCCCGCACUCUCUCAUUCCCUCCUAUCCCGCACUCUCUCAUUCCCUCCUAUCCCGCACUCUCUCAUUCCCUCCUAUCCCGCACUCUCUCAUUCCCUCCUAUCCCGCACUCUCUCAUUCCCUCCUAUCCCGCACUCUCUCAUCCCCUCCUCUCCCGCACUCUCUCAUUCCCUCCUAUCCCGCACUCUCUCAUUCCCUCCUAUCCCGCACUCUCUCAUUCCCUCCUAUCCCGCACUCUCUCAUUCCCUCCUAUCCCGCACUCUCUCAUUCCCUCCUAUCCCGCACUCUCUCAUUCCCUCCUAUCCCGCACUCUCUCAUCCCCUCCUCUCCCGCACUCUCUCAUUCCCUCCUAUCCCGCACUCUCUCAUUCCCUCCUAUCCCGCACUCUCUCAUUCCCUCCUAUCCCGCACUCUCUCAUUCCCUCCUAUCCCGCACUCUCUCAUUCCCUCCUAUCCCGCACUCUCUCAUUCCCUCCUAUCCCGCACUCUCUCAUUCCCUCCUAUUCCGCCCUCCCUCAUUCAGGCCUCCUGGACCGCACCGCACUCUCGCAUUCCCCCCUCUUCCGCACUCUCACAUACCCCCCUGUUCCACACUCCCAACCUCCCCCCUGUUCCGCACUCUCACAUUCCCCCUGUUCCGCACUCUCCCAUUCCCCCCUGUUCCGCACUCUCACAUUCCCCCUGUUCCGCACUCUCACAUUCCCCCCUGUUCCGCACUCUCAAAUUCCCCCUGUUCCGCACUCACACAUUCCCCCUUUUCCGCACACUCACAUUCCCCCUGUUCCGCACACUCACAUUCCCCCUGCUCCGCACACUUACAUUCCCCCCUGUUCCGCACUCGCUCAUUCCCGCAUGUCCCUCACCGCGCCGUAUACCCACCCGCCGGUCAAAGACACUCUCACAUUCCCACGUGCCCUGCACUCUCACAUUCCCUCGUGCCCAGCACUCUCACAUUUCCUCGUGGCCAGCACUCUCCCAUUCCCACGGGCCCAGCACCCUAACAUUACCUCCUAUCCCGCACUCUCACAUCCCCUCCUCUCCCGCACUCUCUCAUUCCCUCCUAUCCCGCACUCUCUCAUCCCCUCCUCUCCCGCACUCUCUCAUUCCCUCCUAUCCCGCACUCUCUCAUUCCCUCCUAUCCCGCACUCUCUCAUUCCCUCCUAUCCCGCACUCUCUCAUUCCCUCCUAUCCCGCACUCUCUCAUUCCCUCCUAUCCCGCACUCUCUCAUCCCCUCCUCUCCCGCACUCUCUCAUUCCCUCCUAUCCCGCACUCUCUCAUUCCCUCCUAUCCCGCACUCUCUCAUUCCCUCCUAUCCCGCACUCUCUCAUUCCCUCCUAUCCCGCACUCUCUCAUUCCCUCCUAUCCCGCACUCUCUCAUUCCCUCCUAUCCCGCACUCUCUCAUCCCCUCCUCUCCCGCACUCUCUCAUUCCCUCCUAUCCCGCACUCUCUCAUUCCCUCCUAUCCCGCACUCUCUCAUUCCCUCCUAUCCCGCACUCUCUCAUUCCCUCCUAUCCCGCACUCUCUCAUUCCCUCCUAUCCCGCACUCUCUCAUCCCCUCCUCUCCCGCACUCUCUCAUUCCCUCCUAUCCCGCACUCUCUCAUUCCCUCCUAUCCCGCACUCUCUCAUUCCCUCCUAUUCCGCCCUCCCUCAUUCAGGCCUGUCCCGCACUCUCGCAUACCCCUUCCUGGCCCACUCACAUACCCCCUCACCCGCACUCACACAUUCCCCCCUGUUCCGCACUCUCACAGUCCAGCCUGGACCGCACCGCACUCUCGCAUUCCCCCCUCUUCCGCACUCUCACAUACCCCCCUGUUCCACACUCCCACCCUCCCCCCUGUUCCGCACUCUCACAUUCCCCCUGUUCCGCACUCUCCCAUUCCCCCCUGUUCCGCACUCUCACAUUCCCCCUGUUCCGCACUCUCACAUUCCCCCCUGUUCCGCACUCUCAAAUUCCCCCUGUUCCGCACUCACACAUUCCCCCUUUUCCGCACACUCACAUUCCCCCUGUUCCGCACACUCACAUUCCCCCUGUUCCGCACACUUACAUUCCCCCCUGUUCCGCACUCGCUCAUUCCCGCAUGUCCCUCACCGCGCCGUAUACCCACCCGCCGGUCAAAGACACUCUCACAUUCCCACGUGCCCUGCACUCUCACAUUCCCUCGUGCCCAGCACUCUCACAUUUCCUCGUGGCCAGCACUCUCCCAUUCCCACGGGCCCAGCACCCUAACAUUACCUCCUAUCCCGCACUCUCACAUCCCCUCCUCUCCCGCACUCUCUCAUUCCCUCCUAUCCCGCACUCUCUCAUCCCCUCCUCUCCCGCACUCUCUCAUUCCCUCCUAUCCCGCACUCUCUCAUUCCCUCCUAUCCCGCACUCUCUCAUUCCCUCCUAUCCCGCACUCUCUCAUUCCCUCCUAUCCCGCACUCUCUCAUUCCCUCCUAUCCCGCACUCUCUCAUUCCCUCCUAUCCCGCACUCUCUCAUUCCCUCCUAUCCCGCACUCUCUCAUUCCCUCCUAUCCCGCACUCUCUCAUUCCCUCCUAUCCCUCACUCUCUCAUUCCCUCCUAUCCCGCACUCUCUCAUUCCCUCCUAUCCCGCACUCUCUCAUUCCCUCCUAUCCCGCACUCUCUCAUUCCCUCCUAUCCCGCACUCUCUCAUUCCCUCCUAUCCCGCACUCUCUCAUUCCCUCCUAUCCCGCACUCUCUCAUUCCCUCCUAUCCCGCACUCUCUCAUUCCCUCCUAUCCCGCACUCUCUCAUUCCCUCCUAUCCCGCACUCUCUCAUUCCCUCCUAUCCCGCACUCUCUCAUUCCCUCCUAUCCCGCACUCUCUCAUUCCCUCCUAUCCCUCACUCUCUCAUUCCCUCCUAUCCCGCACUCUCUCAUUCCCUCCUAUCCCGCACUCUCUCAUUCCCUCCUAUCCCGCACUCUCUCAUUCCCUCCUAUCCCGCACUCUCUCAUUCCCUCCUAUCCCGCACUCUCUCAUUCCCUCCUAUCCCGCACUCUCUCAUUCCCUCCUAUCCCGCACUCUCUCAUUCCCUCCUAUCCCGCACUCUCUCAUUCCCUCCUAUCCCGCACUCUCUCAUUCCCUCCUAUCCCGCACUCUCUCAUUCCCUCCUAUUCCGCCCUCCCUCAUUCAGGCCUGUCCCGCACUCUCGCAUACCCCUUCCUGGCCCACUCACAUACCCCCUCACCCGCACUCACACAUUCCCCCCUGUUCUGCACUCUCACAGUCCAGCCUGGACCGCACCGCACUCUCGCAUUCCCCCCUCUUCCGCACUCUCACAUACCCCCCUGUUCCGCACUCCCACCCUCCCCCCUGUUCCGCACUCUCACAUUCCCCCUGUUCCGCACUCUCCCAUUCCCCCCUGUUCCGCACUCUCACAUUUCCUCGUGGCCAGCACUCUCCCAUUCCCACGGGCCCAGCACCCUAACAUUACCUCCUAUCCCGCACUCUCACAUCCCCUCCUCUCCCGCACUCUCUCAUUCCCUCCUAUCCCGCACUCUCACAUCCCCUCCUCUCCCGCACUCUCUCAUUCCCUCCUAUCCCGCACUCUCUCAUCCCCUCCUCUCCCGCACUCUCUCAUUCCCUCCUAUCCCGCACUCUCUCAUUCCCUCCUAUCCCGCACUCUCUCAUUCCCUCCUAUCCCGCACUCUCUCAUUCCCUCCUAUCCCGCACUCUCUCAUUCCCUCCUAUCCCGCACUCUCUCAUUCCCUCCUAUCCCGCACUCUCUCAUUCCCUCCUAUCCCGCACUCUCUCAUUCCCUCCUAUCCCGCACUCUCUCAUUCCCUCCUAUCCCGCACUCUCUCAUUCCCUCCUAUCCCGCACUCUCUCAUUCCCUCCUAUCCCGCACUCUCUCAUUCCCUCCUAUCCCGCACUCUCUCAUUCCCUCCUAUCCCGCACUCUCUCAUUCCCUCCUAUCCCGCACUCUCUCAUUCCCUCCUAUCCCUCACUCUCUCAUUCCCUCCUAUCCCGCACUCUCUCAUUCCCUCCUAUCCCGCACUCUCUCAUUCCCUCCUAUCCCGCACUCUCUCAUUCCCUCCUAUCCCGCACUCUCUCAUUCCCUCCUAUCCCGCACUCUCUCAUUCCCUCCUAUCCCGCACUCUCUCAUUCCCUCCUAUCCCGCACUCUCUCAUUCCCUCCUAUCCCGCACUCUCUCAUUCCCUCCUAUCCCGCACUCUCUCAUUCCCUCCUAUCCCGCACUCUCUCAUUCCCUCCUAUUCCGCCCUCCCUCAUUCAGGCCUGUCCCGCACUCUCGCAUACCCCUUCCUGGCCCACUCACAUACCCCCUCACCCGCACUCACACAUUCCCCCCUGUUCUGCACUCUCACAGUCCAGCCUGGACCGCACCGCACUCUCGCAUUCCCCCCUCUUCCGCACUCUCACAUACCCCCCUGUUCCGCACUCCCACCCUCCCCCCUGUUCCGCACUCUCACAUUCCCCCUGUUCCGCACUCUCCCAUUCCCCCCUGUUCCGCACUCUCACAUUUCCUCGUGGCCAGCACUCUCCCAUUCCCACGGGCCCAGCACCCUAACAUUACCUCCUAUCCCGCACUCUCACAUCCCCUCCUCUCCCGCACUCUCUCAUUCCCUCCUAUCCCGCACUCUCACAUCCCCUCCUCUCCCGCACUCUCUCAUUCCCUCCUAUCCCGCACUCUCUCAUCCCCUCCUCUCCCGCACUCUCUCAUUCCCUCCUAUCCCGCACUCUCUCAUUCCCUCCUAUCCCGCACUCUCUCAUUCCCUCCUAUCCCGCACUCUCUCAUUCCCUCCUAUCCCGCACUCUCUCAUUCCCUCCUAUCCCGCACUCUCUCAUCCCCUCCUCUCCCGCACUCUCUCAUUCCCUCCUAUCCCGCACUCUCUCAUUCCCUCCUAUCCCGCACUCUCUCAUUCCCUCCUAUCCCGCACUCUCUCAUUCCCUCCUAUCCCGCACUCUCUCAUUCCCUCCUAUCCCGCACUCUCUCAUUCCCUCCUAUCCCGCACUCUCUCAUCCCCUCCUCUCCCGCACUCUCUCAUUCCCUCCUAUCCCGCACUCUCUCAUUCCCUCCUAUCCCGCACUCUCUCAUUCCCUCCUAUCCCGCACUCUCUCAUUCCCUCCUAUCCCGCACUCUCUCAUUCCCUCCUAUCCCGCACUCUCUCAUUCCCUCCUAUCCCGCACUCUCUCAUUCCCUCCUAUUCCGCCCUCCCUCAUUCAGGCCUUCCAGCCUGGACCGCACCGCACUCUCGCAUUCCCCCCUCUUCCGCACUCUCACAUACCCCCCUGUUCCACACUCCCACCCUCCCCCCUGUUCCGCACUCUCACAUUCCCCCUGUUCCGCACUCUCCCAUUCCCCCCUGUUCCGCACUCUCACAUUCCCCCUGUUCCGCACUCUCACAUUCCCCCCUGUUCCGCACUCUCAAAUUCCCCCUGUUCCGCACUCACACAUUCCCCCUUUUCCGCACACUCACAUUCCCCCUGUUCCGCACACUCACAUUCCCCCUGCUCCGCACACUUACAUUCCCCCCUGUUCCGCACUCGCUCAUUCCCGCAUGUCCCUCACCGCGCCGUAUACCCACCCGCCGGUCAAAGACACUCUCACAUUCCCACGUGCCCUGCACUCUCACAUUCCCUCGUGCCCAGCACUCUCACAUUUCCUCGUGGCCAGCACUCUCCCAUUCCCACGGGCCCAGCACCCUAACAUUACCUCCUAUCCCGCACUCUCACAUCCCCUCCUCUCCCGCACUCUCUCAUUCCCUCCUAUCCCGCACUCUCUCAUCCCCUCCUCUCCCGCACUCUCUCAUUCCCUCCUAUCCCGCACUCUCUCAUUCCCUCCUAUCCCGCACUCUCUCAUUCCCUCCUAUCCCGCACUCUCUCAUUCCCUCCUAUCCCGCACUCUCUCAUUCCCUCCUAUCCCGCACUCUCUCAUCCCCUCCUCUCCCGCACUCUCUCAUUCCCUCCUAUCCCGCACUCUCUCAUUCCCUCCUAUCCCGCACUCUCUCAUUCCCUCCUAUCCCGCACUCUCUCAUUCCCUCCUAUCCCGCACUCUCUCAUUCCCUCCUAUCCCGCACUCUCUCAUUCCCUCCUAUCCCGCACUCUCUCAUUCCCUCCUAUCCCUCACUCUCUCAUUCCCUCCUAUCCCGCACUCUCUCAUUCCCUCCUAUCCCGCACUCUCUCAUUCCCUCCUAUCCCGCACUCUCUCAUUCCCUCCUAUCCCGCACUCUCUCAUUCCCUCCUAUCCCGCACUCUCUCAUUCCCUCCUAUCCCGCACUCUCUCAUUCCCUCCUAUCCCGCACUCUCUCAUUCCCUCCUAUCCCGCACUCUCUCAUUCCCUCCUAUCCCGCACUCUCUCAUUCCCUCCUAUCCCGCACUCUCUCAUUCCCUCCUAUUCCGCCCUCCCUCAUUCAGGCCUGUCCCGCACUCUCGCAUACCCCUUCCUGGCCCACUCACAUACCCCCUCACCCGCACUCACACAUUCCCCCCUGUUCCGCACUCUCACAGUCCAGCCUGGACCGCACCGCACUCUCGCAUUCCCCCCUCUUCCGCACUCUCACAUACCCCCCUGUUCCGCACUCCCACCCUCCCCCCUGUUCCGCACUCUCACAUCCCCUCCUCUCCCGCACUCUCUCAUUCCCUCCUAUCCCGCACUCUCGCCAAAACCCCGCCUGUCCAGCACUCACGCAUUCCCCUCCUCUGCACUCUCACAUUCCCCUUCCCUUGGCUCUCACAUUCCCCUUCCCUGCACUCUCACAUUCACCUUCCCUGCACUCUCACAUUCCCCUUGCCUGCACUCACACAAUCCCCUGUCCUGCAAGUCUAACUUACCAGCACAUUCGGACUGCCAACCAACUCCCCACCACCAAUUCCGCCAACAGGAGGGCGCCGAGCAAGAACAAACAACGCCACCAGUGGACAACGGGAGCGUGCCUGAUGAACACCCGUACAAACCGGCCAUGGAUGCACUCGAGCAACGCACCAUAUCCAUUGGGACCCACAUGAAGAUUCCCAUGGCCCUCAUGCGAUGCGGUUUGACAGCACUAAGGGGUGGAAACCAGGUGGCGAGCACAAACGAUGUGCUGCACGUGCUAGUAUCGGAAGCCAGUGAGGCAGUUGCGAAGAUGCUGGCAGCAGCUGCCACAGCAGAAGUAGUGGAGCGGAAUGGGGAAAUCCAGUCUCCAUGCAUGGGAAGGGGAGUGUCAUGCGGAGGUGACGUGGAGGGCGGAGUGGACGAGGAGGUGACUGGAGACGCCCUCGUUGGCUCUCUUGGACAGGACCCCUCCCCGCUGUCAGUUGGAGGACUGUGCGUGGACGGUGCCCCUCUUGACCACGUGGCGGGGGGCCGCGUAGCCACACCUACAGUCACAAAUGCGGUCGCUCAAGCCCCAACAAAUACAAGGUGA